AUAAAAACACGCACAUACAUGAACACAGACAGGUAUAGAUUACAACUUUGAAAAUAUGAUGUGGAUUAUGAAAGUUUACUAAUCUAUCUGAUUCAUACGCCUUCGCUAGUAGAAGUUAAAUGACAAAAGAAGUCAGUCGUUUAAUUCUUAUCGGCAGAAUAUUUCAUAGCUUAAACGAAUCUGCUCAGCAAAGGGAGCUACGUCAAUGGACCAAAAUCUCUCCGUUUUUUAAUAUUUUAUUUUAUCUUGAUGUCAUUCAUAUUUAAAAAAGUUUGAGAUGUUGAGCCUAAACCGGCCAUAAGCACUGAAAAUAAAUAUAUUUUAUAAAACUUCGCAAUGUAAACAAGCAAUACUUCUUUAGUCCAUCUACUAAAGAAUGCAUCGUCUUGCCGAUCCAGAUGUACCUGUGGGAGUACUCAGCAAUAAUCAGACCAUAAAUAUACAAAACAACGCCAUGAAUCACGUAAAUAAUCUAUCACAAGGCAUGAGCUCAAGUGGAGUGGGACCCACAACCUCUGCCUUUGAUGCGCUGCCCAAACCCUUUGUCCAGUCAAUGAAAACAUUAUUCGAUAUUUUGGAUGAUCAACGUACAGGUUAUGUGAAAUUUGUUGACAUAGAAAAAGGAUGGCAGGAUGAUGGUAGUAAAGGUUUGCCACGAGGUGUUCUGGAAUCUUUACGGAAAGUAACACCCAUCAGUGGCCUGUUGACAUUCGAGCGGUUUUGUGCAGGAUUAAAACUGUGCCUGCUGAGGAAUCAAAAUACCAAUGCAGGACAACAUAACCAAGAAACGCAACAACAACAUAUCAAGAGUAAUGUGACAACAAAUAACAGUAAUGUUUCACCCUGGAAAACCAAGUCACCAAGUAAAUCACAAAGACCCCCCUCAGCUCCGGCAUUGGAUAUUGAAAAUCCCCUACCCCGGAAUCCAUGGGCGGGCAAUAGAACUUUGAGUCUACCGCAACUUAGUCCAGAUUCAGAUGGAGAUCUAAACACAACGGCCAAUAUUAUACGUUCCGUCUACAACAGUCCGCCGCCGCCACCAAAACCACCGAGGGCCUCAGUACUUAAUGCCAAUGGUGGAAACUCGGGAAUAUUGGGAACCACCAAUGUAGGCCCCACCACAACCACCAACAAUGUCAUGGACAAGGCGGAAAUACGCAACGCCUUACAAAAUUGGCAAAUGGGAGUGUUGCGCAAUGAAAUCGAUGCCAAGGAUAAAUCGAAACCAACAAAUUUCCUCCAACAAUGUGGUUAUCGUGGCAGUGCCGAUGGCGGUUCCUCAUCGGCCACAGAUAGUGGGAAUUUUUCAAAUGCUCCUCUAAAAAAGGCCUCAGUUAAGAGGCGAGAACCACGAAGACACACGCUACAGAAUGGCAUCGAUUAUAAUAUGUUGAAACGUUUGAAACAAUUCGAAGAAGAACGAGAGGUUCUGCUUUUGGGUUUGGAUGCGGUGGACAAAGCCCGAGAAUGGUAUUUGCAGCAGUUGGUUAAUGUCCAGGAGAAGAUAAAAUAUCUGGGGAGAAUGGGCUCAACAAAUGAACAAUGGUCUGAGGUGCAACAGGAACGUCUGAAUUUCCAAAGAGCUCGAGUCCUUGAAGUUAAUCGCAGUCUUUCCGUUUUGGCCGACACCUGGGACAGAGGUGGUGGUUUCCCAUUCCACUUUAAUUUGGCUUUUCGGACACCACCAAAAAUACCCUCCUCCAACCGGACGGCUGCCGCGUUGAGCAACACCAUUGCCGAUCGUCUUCGGCAACAGAAUCGUUUGCUGGCCAACGAGGGCCACCUGAAGAGUGAACGCAUUGUGAUGUUGGAAAGAGAGAAACAGACUUUAUUAGCUGAAUUAUUUGAAUUGAAACAGCGUUCGGGAUUGGCACGCCACACAAAUAGUUAUUUAAAUGUCUUGAGUCAAUCGUCGCCGGGAUGUAGUACGUCAUCGGGUGGCGGUGGUGGUUUGGGCGAUGCUGAUGUUGUUUAUUAAAAUGCAUAUAAAUAUUGGAAAUAUAUUGUAGCUUAGUUUUAAAAUUAUAUUAAAUAAAAUGUACUAAAAUAAUGAU